AUGGAACAUGACCAGCGUAAACAACAACAUGAUCUUCAUGUUCAAUAUCACGAAAGUGAAAGUUUUGAUGAUCUCAAUUUUUCGAGUAAAAGAAGAAAUUCAAUCGUAAUAAGUCGUAAUGAUUCUAUCAAAGGUACUGUCCUACAAUGGCUGGUUGUUAAUUUUCAAAGCAAAAAUCUUACAGAUGAUCAUACUUUAUAUUAUUCAUACAGUGAGUCUACACGUCCAGCUGGUUCUGAUCCUCAUCGAUACAUUUUCUUUCUUUAUCAGUCGAUUGAUAAAAUAUCUGAAAACAAAUUCGAACGUGAAGAACGUGUACAUUUUUCACUUCAAACAUAUGUCGUCGAUAAUUGA